UCUGAUUACAUGAAAGAAGGUAAAUGUGCUGUAAAAGCCUCUAAAGCUGCCAGUCAGUGUCCUUUAACGUCUCCACUGGUCUCACACAUGGUUGUGAGGUGUACCAGUGCAGCUGCACCAGUGUCCAGUUAAAUGUUGUUGACUGAUGCAGAGGGAUCAUCAACACUUAUUAUGGGCCUGAAGCUUUUCAACAUCAGCCAUCAGACUGGAUCUCAAGUACGUGAUGGAACCUGAUUGGUCCACGCAGGAUGAGAGAUGACAGAUAAUAAAGAACAUUUAAAAACGAGCAACACUGUGACCCAGACACCGGAGAAGUGGACCGACGAGGAAGACCACGAUGAAGAGUUUGAUCCCUCUGCUCGUCUUGGCGUCAGCAGUUGCUGGUGCUGUGGACAUCCAGAAAAGGGUAUUAAAUGGAAAGGAUUGCGGUGAAGACCAGGGUCGGCACUACGUGGUCCUGGCGAAGAAGAAAAAUGAUUUUUACACCAGGUUCUGUGGAGGGAAUCUGAUUGGUCCAGACUGGGUCCUCACUGCUGGACACUGUGAUAAAGGGGACUUUUAUGUGAUUUUGGGCAAACAUCCAACCAAACAGGGAACACCGAUGCAGAUCACUACAGGGAAUGUAAAGCAUGUCUAUAACGCUGAUGGUCACAAUCAUGACAUCAUGCUUCUUAAACUGCCCAAAACUGCCCCUCAGGGACUUCCCAUCAUCCAACUCCCUGAUGUUACAUGUUCAUCACCUACUGUUAAUGGCGAUCCCUACACUAUUAUGGGAUGGUCCUUCACAGCUUAUGAUGCUGCUACUGAGACAUACCAGGAGAAAGCAGACAAACUGCAGUGUGGAAACGUUCAACUGCAUGCAACCUGCACUGGUCGUAACCUGCAUGCCAAUAUCCCUAAAGCUGAUCAUAAAUGGAAAGGACAACAUAUGCUGUGCUCCCAUGAACCCAACGCAUGUAAAAGCUGCCCAGGGGACUCUGGCGGCAGUCUGGUGAAGGAUGGUCGUCUGUAUGGAGUGACUGUUAGUAGUACUGACCCUGGCACAGGGUGGACUUUCUACAUGGACGUCUGUGCCUACAGGCAGUGGAUUCACACUGUAACUGGCAUCUAAACUUGUCUGUAACUGACCAAAGGUCAGUCAGUACUGUGACACUGUCUGACAAU